AUGAUCAAUCAAAAAUAUGUCGACGGUUGUGCUGCAACUCCGGCAGCAGACUGUACAUGCAACAUAAAUCCUGUCGAUCUGUUCUUAAAUUUUGCGGUGACAGGUCCGACAACUGAUGCAAACGGUUGUGAUUCUUAUACGGCAACCUGUACAUGUACUGCAGGAAACACAAAUUGCCAAGUACAACUUUUUGAUGCUGUUGCACUCGGCGGUAAUAAUGUUGGAAACGUUCCAUUUACGGGCACUCUCACAAUGACCGUUACAUGUCCGCCAGGAAGCGAUGGAUUAUUCUUCCGAGGCACACUGACAUCGGGCGCAACCAGUACCACCAUUAACAAUUUUAUGUCUGCAAAUUGCGUUAAUGCCUGA